AUGAACAUCCACAAAAGAUUCAGAUUAAUUUAUUCUGAAUGUGCAGAGAUACUUAACAAAAUAAUAGACAAAAAGACAACUUUAAAGAAUGAAAUAUACAAAAGAAAUAAACCAGUAUCUUAUUUACCAAUUAUAGAAAAAGUUAUUCAAAAUUAUGAUCUUCUUUCUAAGAUUAUUCAAGAUACAAAUUUUAUGAAGAAAGAUAAAUUUUACAGUUUGAUUUUAUGCAAUGAGAUUUUAAUUGGAAAAGUUAAGAACAAAUUUUGGAAAGAAAAAUUUGAGUCUGUCAAAAAAGAAAACGAACUUUUUCAUGUUAUUAAACAGAAAUACAUUAGGCUUAAUACGGUAAAGGGUGUACAUUCAGAUAUUAGUAAUUUAAAAUUAGAAAGUACAUUUAUUCCUAAUGUUUAUAAACUUUUAGAAGCAGUAGACUUUUCUAAAAAUAAAGCUUACAAAGAAGGAAAGAUAGUUAUUCAAAAUAUUGCUAGCUGCCUGCCUGCUUAUAUCCUUGAUCCUUUGCCAAAUUCAAGGAUUAUUGAUGCUUGUGCUGCACCUGGAAAUAAAACUUCUCACCUCUCCAAUUUGUUAAAAAAUACUGGUAAAGUUUAUGCAAUUGAAGUUGAUUCUAAAAGAUUUAAAAUUCUAAACUAUCAUGUUAAUAAGCUUGGGUUGAAAAAUGUUGAAACUAUUAAUAAAGAUUUUUUUGAUAUAAAGCCUGAUAAAUACAGUAAUAUAGAUUAUAUAGUCGUAGAUCCAUCAUGUAGCGGAUCUGGUAUGCAUGAUUUCUAUGAAAAAGAUGAUGAAAGAAUAAAAAAUUUACAAAAAUUUCAAAUAAAAAUUUUAAAGCACGCUUUAUCUUUUGGUGCUAAGAAAAUAGUGUAUUCUACUUGUUCAUUACACAAAGAGGAAGGAGAAGAUGUUAUUAAUGAAGUUAUAAAAGAUGAUAAAUAUGAAAUAUUUGAUUUAGCUAAAAUUUUUGACAAUGGUGUUUUUAAUGGUAUUGAAGUAAAAGACAAGUUUGUACGGUGUGUUUCUACUAAUAACAAAGAAACUAUAGGUUUUUUUGCUGCUCUGCUGGUUAAAAAAUAA